AUGGAGUUCAGACUGGGCUGGCCAGUCAAGCCCAGUACUACCACGGCCAGUAAAAUGCUGGUGAUCUUUGGCAGGUGCCGUGUCCUGCUGGACAGGGAGGGUUUUUGUCCUAAAGGUGGGCGGGUCCACCUGGCCAGCCAGCAAUGCUAUUGGCUUUCUGAGAUAAAGUCUUCAUGGCCUGAGGGACAAGAGUCGUGCAAGAGCACCGGAGGAGGAGAAAUGGCAUCAACUGACAGCCUGGAGCUGCAAACAUUUAUCUUUUAUUCCUUUCCAGUGAGGAGCACAGAGUGGGUUUGGAUAAAGGGACAGGGUGGAGGUACUGAGUCUGAUCAGGCUGGAGCUCUGAGGUCCACGAACAGAGAGACUCCAAUGUGUUCUCAAAUGGCCUUGGGGACUCAGAGAGGAGGGAGGAAAGCUCAGUGCACAGAACAGCAUCGCUUCCUCUGUGAAAAAAAAGUGUCUGACCCUUUACUGUCUGCAGACAGAUACCUAACUGGACUGGCUUUCUUGACUGGCAUCUACGCUCAAACCCAGAAAAGCCCCUUACCCAGCGUCCCUGAGAUCGGACAACAAAAAGUAGAGAUGCAGCUGUUUCCUGGGAUAUGGUUCAGUCACGCUGGCCAGCUGUCAUCAGUGGAGCUGGUGGUUCAGCCCAGCAGAGGACCCUCUCUAGCCCGUGUCCAGAUCCUCCGACCCUACUGCAACCCCAAUCAACAUUUGGUGCCUCCAGGUUGUAGUUCUCUUCUUAAUUCAUUCAGCUGCUGCUCAGCAGUCCCUCUGUGCAACACGACAGGAGGCUGCAGCAGGGGUCAGUACUGGUGCUACCUGCUGGAGGCCUGCGUUUGCACCAACUGUCCCUGCAGCCCCUACGACUCUGCAACAGAAAACCGUGGCUUUGUUUUGCCUCCUAGGUAUGAUGCAUUACCGCCCUUCUAUCACCUGGUGGCAGACCUUCCUCUGAGAGUAGAACCUAGCAGUGAUCUCAGGAUAUUAAGACUGCUUCUUCCAAACCAAGCAAUUGUGGUUUACCCCGAUGAUAUUGUGGCUGUUCAACACACCCGGGACUCAGGAACAUUUUUACAUUGCCUGAGCAGUGAAGCUUCUCUGAAAUCUCCAUGGCGCCAGAGUUACCUGUCCCUUCAGGGGAAAGAGUGGGGAGGCUGGUGGGAAGGGGGCCUCACUUCCCUACCCAAAGAGGGACAGUGGGUUGAUGGGGUCCUGUGUGAUCUGAGGGUGCUCUAUGAAGAAAAUCUUCCUAGAGGUACAGAAAAUGAGAGCUUAGGCUUCACAACAGCAGCUCCAGAAUCUUGGGCCUUGGAAAAUAGUCCUACUCUUUACUCUAGAUUUGGACUGAGCAUCAUCCAUCCCAUCCCAGAUGAAAACAACCAGAUUCAUGCUCAAAUCAACGUCCCUCUGCUGAUUGUUGUAAAGGUCCUAUCUGGAGAAAAUGCCCAGUGUUCAUGGUCUUUCCCAGCCCAACAGACCGGAAUCCCCCUCCUUCCACAUUGCCCUGAAGAGGUGGUUCAGUUUCUGCCGGAUUGUAAGAGACGGUCCCGUGACGCCUGGUUCUCCUCUGUCACCCUCAGAAUGCCAUCAGAGGGGGUUGAAACACUGAACGUCAGCGUGACGGAUGAAGUUAGCUCCCAGAACCUGAGUGUCAGGGUUUGUGGCUACAAGGCAGUGACCGGGCUGAGUGUCGAGCCACACGGAUGUUGGAGGAUGCUUGUAGACACUCCACAGUUAUUUACAGCCCGAGUGGAGAGCGGUUCAUCUGUCAAAUUCUACUGGGUGAUAGAUCAUAGGAAUGACUCAGCUCAUGAAGGAGAAUCUUACAGUGUAGAGUUCAAGAAACCUGCAGAGUAUAAACUCAAAAACCAACAGAUCCUCCUGACUGCAGAUGAAAUUACCCCAUUGGCUGAGCCCGAGUUCCUAUCAAUCAGGAGGGUAGUAUCUGUGGAUGCUGCACAUCUCUACAGCCUAAGAGUCAAAGCUGACAUCUCACUUCCACUCACUUUCAGUUGGGAUUUUGGAGAUGGGAGGAGCAAAGUGGUCCACACCAAGUCAGCCCCAUGUCUGAGUAUGCAGGAUCAUUUUAAAGCACCACAAAAGCAAGUUUAUGUUCAGGACUCUGUAAACUACACAUAUGACUUCACAGAUGACUUCACUCUCCAUGUCCAAGUCUACAACCAACAUGGCGGCACAGAUGCAUUCAUGAAGAUAAGCACCCGGCCUAAACUAAACCACCUCCUUGUCUCCUCCUCCCCUGCUGUUCCAGUCGCUGAACAGACUCUUCUUUUGCGAGCUUCCCCAGAACCAUUCAGCCCUGCCAUCCUUUACACAUGGCACUUUGGAGACGGCUCUGAAGCCUUCCAGAGUAGCAACGAUACAAUAAGUCACGCUUACGCGUCUGCAGGGGUUUAUAACAUCACGGUGCGUGCCAACAACACUUUAACAGUUUUGACCAGCACGAUCACACUGGAAGUAAGGGAGCAAAUCUCUGGAUUGACGGUCAGCUACGAUGGACCCUGUGAACUAAGCUCUCCAGUGAGCUUUAGAGCUUCCUUGACCUCUGGUACGAGUGUCAUGUGGGAGUUUGACUUUGGGGAUGGGACCCUGAAAGGAAACCUAAGUGAGAGUUCCAUCUCCCACAUGUAUGACUCACCAGGGAAUUAUACAGUCCGUGUAAGUGUGUCAAACUUUGUCAGCGAAGCUCAUGAGUCCAUCUCUGUGGAGGUCUAUAAACUGGCUGUGAGUGGUGUUCUUCCAACAGACUGUGUCAUGAGUGGAGAAGACGUCCAGCUUAGAGCUCUGGUGAAUGGGAACAUAUCACUGCUGACUUUCUAUUGGUUGUUUCGAGACGAAUCACCCCUGACUGUAGAGAGGGGGCAGUCCACAACCAUGCACAGAUUUCAAAGUCAAGGAUCUGUCCAUGUAGGUUUGAAUGUUUCCAGUUCUUCCACCUCUGUGUCCUUCAGUACUAGUAUUUGUGUAGAACUGGGAAUAACUAACGUGACCGUGCAGGCCUCACACAAAGUCGCAGCAGUCGGAGAGGAAGUGUGCUUCGAAGUGGAAGUGUCCCCUAGACAGAUAAGUGGCUACACCUUUAGGUGGUUCAGAAGUCAGUCUAGUGCCAGCGUCAUGACAAAGAACUCUCAGAAAUGUUUUGUCUUUCCAGACAAAGGAGUUAAAGAGCUCUUAGUGGUAGCAAAUAACAGAGUGAGCAACAAGACAGGAAAGGCUAGCGUCAGCAUUCAAAGCCCUGUUAGCAGUCUGUCUGUGGUCCAUGACGCUCAAGACGAUGCACUGACAGUAAAUACAUCGGCAUCAUUUUGGGUUUCCAGUUGCUCUGGCAGUAACGUGUCGGUGAUGUGGGACUUUGGAGACGGAUCCUCGGUGGAGCAGGGACAACACGUGUCACAUGUUUUUACCUCGAAAGGCCAGUUCACAGUCACAGCCACAGCAUUCAACACCAUCAGCCACCGCUCUGUAACCCUUACAGUUAACGUGUUACUUCCAGUUUCAGACCUCUCGCUUCACGCGGAGCAUCCUUACGCUGCAGUUGGAGAGGAAAUGCUCUUUUCAGCUGUUAGCAGUACAAGCAGCAGUAGCAACUACUACUGGACUGUAGAUGGUGGCAACUCAACUAAACAAGGCACUCACCGGUUUCACUUUGCCUUCACCAAACCAGGGGUCUAUGAAGUCCGAGUUAUAGCUCAGAACUUGGUGAGCAGAAGAGAGGCCGCUAUUCUAAUUGAGGUCUUUGAAAGAAUUGAGGGUCUUCAGAUAAAGUGUCAAAGCUUAUCAAACAUGAAGUAUGUGCCUACACAAGAGGAACUUCUGUUUAGAUCUUCAGUUUCUAAGGGCUCAAACGUGACAUUUCACUGGCUUGCUACACAACGUGCAAACAACAGACACGUAGCUGGUAAUGGAGACACGUUUCAAAUGGUGUCUGAAACUCCUGGAGAGAUUUUUGUCCAGCUGAGAGCUUCAAACAUGCUAAGUGAGGCUACCACCAAUGUUUCUUUAGAGGCAGUACAGCGUAUAAUCAUUGCAAACAUUACAAAGCAAUCAAACGCAGUUGCAUUAGGUGAACUGGUGAACAUCUCUGUAACCGUGGCUGCUGGCUCUCACCUAGAGUAUUUCUGGUAUGUGACACCUGAUAUUUCACCCCGCAGGACUUGUGUGCCAUUUCUUCUCCAAACCUUUGCAAGUCUGGGUCACUACCUUGUCAAAGUCUCAGUUCAGAAUGUGAUAAGCCAAUGCAAUGUCAGCUUUGAGUUUGACGUGCAGGAGCAGGUCAAAGAGGUGGACUUUGACAUUGAUGGGAGGAAGGAACCUUUCUACAUCGCAACAGGCACUGAUGUGCGUCUUCAUGGGCGUAUUCAAAAAGGUAGUCAUCUGAACUGGAAAUGGAAGGUUAACUGUACCAAUGCAAUGCUUUCUAGUGCUUCUAAUAAGACUGUUAUCAUCAGUUUUCCAAAAGCAGGCGUCUACCAGGUGUUGUUGAGCGUCUCCAAUAGUCUAAAUUGGCAGCAGGUUUCACACAGUGUCACAGUCCUUGAUGCAAUCAAGGGGCUUGAGCUGAACACUUCAAAGUCCACAAUCUGUGCAAAUGAACAAGUCACUUUUGUGCCAGAAGUCUCCAAGGGAAGUUAUGCAACCUUCCACAUAUGGAUUGAAAAUGCAGACUGGACUUUUGAUCAGGAAAUGUUUGAAAAGCAUUCCGCCACAUGGAGCCUUCCAGCAGGGACAAAUCAAGUGAAACUGAAAGCUUGGAACCAGGUCAGCAGUGCUGAGGUGUCUACCAGCAUUCUGGUCACUGAGCAGAUUCAAGGUUUGCAGCUUGUGAGCUGCUGCUCUGCCGACUUAGAGCCUCUGAAAGGAAUGAAGUUCAAGGCAGACGUUCACAGUGGACUUCCAGUCAACUAUACAUGGGUGUUUGACUUGGCGGGGUCAGAGCCCGUAUCUCUUGUUGGCCAAGAAGUCAUCUUCACUCCUCAAGAGAGUGGGUCAUUGUCUUUUAGAGUAUUUGCCACAAAUGGGGUCUGCUCCAAGACACUGAAUGAUACCUGCACUGUUCACUGGCCCCUGAAGCAUGCUCACAUAGUCCAUGAUUCAGAAAGAGUAUUUGUUGGGCAUGCUGUCAGGUUUUCUGCAAUCACGAAUGGAGGAAGUAACCUCAGUUAUCUCUGGAACUUUGGAGAUGCCUCUGAAACAUUAACAUCUGAAUGCACACUCAGUCAUACGUAUCACACUCCUGGAGAAUACAGCAUCGUCCUUAAAGUUCUCAACAGUGUCAGCCAUGUGUCCACACAGCUACACAUUGAAGUGGAGAAGCUCCAGUGUUCCAGCCCUAAAGUCUCCCUCGUCCAACCCCAGUCUACUAUCUUCAGGUCUAGACCGACUUUCUUCGAAGCAAGGGUUGACAACAACUGCUCUGCUUACAAAACCAAGUACCUCUGGGAGAUUUUCAAAGGGUCUGAUGGUAGCAACGCCAGCUCAGAAUGCUUAGAGAAGAAAGUCACUCUUAAAAGCGAUGUGGACACAACUUCACCUUUUCUUUUUAUACCCAAGCACAGUCUUGAAAUUGGACAGUAUUGUUUGGUAUUCACAGUUUUACUCCAAGGAACUCCUCUGAUUGUGGAACGAAGAAUCAGGGUCAAAGUGGUCCACUCCCCCUUAGUAGCUGUUAUCAGAGGAGGCUCACACAGACUGUGGCACAGCAGCAGCAACCUUGUCCUGGAUGGAUCUGGCUCCCAAGACCCGGAUGUGGAGCCAGGAGUGGAGGAUGCCCUGCAGUAUCAGUGGACAAUGACGGUGGUGACUGUGUGUGACGCUCAUUUACUUCCAGUGAUCGUGGGAUGUGUGUCCUGCUCUGAUCUGUUCUCCCCUCACACAAUAAGUUACAACGUCCCCGUUAUUCUCUCAGGGAAAUGUGAACAGUGUGAUGACAAGGCAACGUACGAGUGGAGUGCUGUGGAUGAAACUGGCAUGACACUGGACCUUAAUGAGGUAACCACCUCAACAGGAAGACGGUCUGCUAACCUGGUGAUAAAGUCAGAUGUUCUGCAGCCAAGGCGGAGUUAUACCUUCAGUCUGAACGUUUCUCAGUCUGGCAGAAGAACCUGGGGCAGUGCAAGCCUCACAGUCCGACCCAUAAACCCACCUCAUGGAGGCCUGUGUGAUCUCAGUCCACAGUCAAAUAUUCAUCUCCUGGAGACACUGGUAACCUACACCUGCUCAGGGUGGCAGGACGAUGAAAGUGAGGCCUCUCAGCUUAUCUAUACCUUUCAGGUAGCACCAUGCCAGCCUGCCGGCCCAGAGUGCCCUCUGCUAACACUUUACAGGGGCACUCAUUCAACACAUGGCACCCAGGUUCCAGUAGGAAGUUCUUUGCCAGCCACAAACAGAGCAGUUAUCAGAGUGACAGUGCAGGUGGAAAACUACCUUGGGGCAAAAGUCAUAGCUUUUAACAGAACUUUAGCCGUUGAAAAACCUGCAGAAAAGGUUGCCAGUGAGUGGCUCAGAAACAAGAGUCAGUCAGUCUGGGCUUUAGUCCAGCAUGGCAACCCUCAAGAGAUCAUUCCAUAUUCUAUCGCUCUAACCAGCCAGCUCAAUCAGAUGGACUCUGGAUAUAAGGCCAGUGACUUCGCAGACAGAAGAAAGAUUCGUGAAAAUGUGACAAAAGCCCUGGCCUCUCUUCCUGUUUCCUCACUGUUGGAUGUUGAUCAAAUAAGCUCAGCAUUGUCACUGUCCACUGCUGUUCCUGGUGAAAUGAUCUGCCGUAACUGCCAGGAGAAGGUUCUGAAAGCAGUGCAAAAGAUGAUCCAUGUCAUACAGGAGCACAUGAACCCAGGAGUUUUGUCAGCUGUUGAAAUGGGCAGGAACAUCCUUGCCAUCAUAGGUAAUACUCUGGCUGCUGUGUCUUUAAACUCUCACCAAAGCCCUCCUCAGCAAGCAUCUACAAUCUUCAUGUCAGCACUGAGUCAUGCAGGGGACCUAAUGCGUUCUCUGAUGCGUGCACGUGUUUAUGGUGGGACACCUCUAUCACUCUCCAACCCGUAUGUAAACACUGUGGGUUUCCAUGGAGACCCAUCUAACCUCCUGUGCACUCACCAGUCCAACCAGAACCAGAUAACAUCUCCUCACUGGUCAUCAAGGGACAAACUGAGUUUGUCUUGUCUGUUUCACAUCCCUGAUCCCCUGACGACUCACCUGAAGGCUCAGGAGUCCGAGGUCGUGCAGGUUCUCUUCGGUGUGGAUGCAGAUAUAGGAGGCAACUCUUUUCUGACCGCUGCAGACCCUCCAAUUUCCACUAAUCUGGUUGCCAUGGAGCUCACCACGCCUCAGGGCCAAGUGAUACCCAUCCAGGAUCUGGACCCUGAACAGGCGAUACGGGUCACCCUACCAAACAAGCAUCCUGUGGGACAGAAUGAUCUGGGUGAAGAUGGGACGGUGGGUGGGACAUGCCCCACCGUCACACUUCCAACUCAAGGACAGUUGAACUUCUCCGUCAAAGCUGUUGAUGGUCUGGAUAAAAACGCAGGCCUGUAUAUUUCCUUCACCUUCAACCAUGAUGAAGAAUCGGCGUCUUUAAGUCCUGGACAUGUGAAGAUAGAGGCAGGAACGAACACAUCCCUGGAUUUACUAGAGGUGUCUCUCACUCUCCCUGCAUCGUCUUCAUCAACAGAGAAAACCGUCUUCCUGUCUCCACUCUCUCUGUGCCAGUACUACAGUGUGGAGGAGAGGUGCUGGAGCAGUGAGGGCUUACAGCCACUGGAGGGCAGCACACCCCAUGCAGCGCACUGUCUCACCAAGCAUCUCACCCUGUUUGGGGCCAGCAUGUUUGUUCACCCUGGUGCUGUUGUUCUGCUGCCACCGCCCAGUGGUCCCGUGUGUAACAUGGUGGUUGGGAUUGUUUGUGCAGUCCUGGUUCUUAUUCACUCUCUGAUGGGACUCAUCGCCCAUAAACUGGACUAUUUCAACAGCUUGAGGAUGAGCCAGGUCCCUUUGUGUGGCCAACCAGGGCUGUACCACUACAGAGUCCUGGUAAAGACUGGCUGGCAGCGAGGAGCAGGCACCACAGCACAUGUUGGCAUCUGUCUCUAUGGUGUGACGAAGAGCGGUUCUCGCCAUCUGCAGAGGGAGGGAGCCUUCCAGCGCGGGAGCCUCGACCAGUUUCAUCUGGAAACGGAUGACAAUCUGGGAGAGGUUUGGAAAAUUCGCAUUUGGCAUGAUAGCACAGGCCUGGACCCUUCCUGGUAUGUUAAACAUGUGGUGGUUUGGGACCCUCAGACUGACCACAUGUUCUUCUUCCUGCUGGAGGACUGGCUGGCUGUGGAGAAUCAAAAGAACAGCACUGUGGAGAAGGAAGUUCUGGCCUCAUGUCCUAUGGAGCUUUCCCAGUUUCGGCGGGUCUUCAGCUCCCAGCUUAUGUUCGGUAUGGUUGAGCGCCACCUGUGGCUGUCCUUGUGGGAAUGCCCGGCCCAGAGCCGUUUCACCAGAUCCCAGAGGGUUUUAUGCAGCGCUCUCAUGCUGCACCUCUACUUGGCUCUGGGUGUUCUGUGGUACAGAGCCGUGGGCGUUGAGGGCAGCAGUGAACCUGUUUCAGCCGAGCUCCUGGUUAAUGUGGAGACCGUCGCUGUGGGGAUGACUGUUGCAUUGUUGGUUUUUCCUCUCCAGUGCUGUCUGUGCUUUCUGUUUAGAAAGUGUCAAAGUCAGGUGGCAGAAGACGUGUCGGAUCUGACUUCUCCUGUGUGUUACUCUGUUGAGAUGGACGUCAGCUUCGACCAUUUAGGGCUCUCUGGCCCUUCUUUCCUGUCUUUUAAAGACUCUUCCAGUCCAGGACAGGGCAGCCCCUCAUCUUUACUGGAGAGUAAGGUGCUUGACUCCAGCAUUCUGGACUUCUGGUCUUCAUGUGGCUUGGUGCCUCAGACAGUGGUCAGAGCAUGUAAAGUGGAAGGCACAGAGAUGUGGCAGUCCUGUGACGAUCUACCAGCUGACCCGUACCUCAAUAAAACGCUCCCAGCCCCUACCUUCACCAAGAUGUCCCCUGCUUUGGGUCGAAUACACCAGCUGAAGAGAAAGAAAGCCCUGAUGCAGCUGUGCCGCUCUUCUUCCUCCAUCACUGACCCUACUACUGCCUCACUCUCCCCACUUUGUACAUCUGCUCUUUCAAACCGCCUCGUCAUUGCAGACCAGCCCCCCUCUGCACAAAAGGUCUCCAACUGGAACAAUAAGUCUGUGCAAGCCUUUAGCAACAAUCUGACAACACUUCUAACUCUGUCUGACGAGGAUCUGAUGAUGUCCAUAGCAGCAGCAUCAGAAGACACAGUUCUGACUAAAAGCAACUCAGACAGUGGCUGGGACUCCCCAAGAACUACCUCAUCAUUCUCAAACACCCAUAGCACCUCGUGCAGCAGCUGGCCAGAGGAGAACGAAGAUAAGUCCCUAUAUGGGGAUGUCCAUAAUCCAGAACCACAUUCCAUCCCCUUCCUGUCUGGUACAGGACUUUACAAGUGUGCGUCUGUGGUAUCUGUGGACUCAAUGGCCAGCACCUUCCUACCAAACCCUUCUCCGGACACUUCAAGAUCGUGCUCUGCUACACGAAUAGGUGUUGCCCGAUCUGUUCCCGGCUGGCUGCUCCCCCCCUGGGCGCCAUCUGUGAUUUACCCUGUGGUGGCUCUGAUGCUGGGAGCUUGCCUAACCGUGGUUGGAGUCUACAGCAGCCACAUGUCCAGAGCAGUUGUCCUCAUGUGGCUUGUAUCGGUGCUCUCUGCCUUUUUCACCUCUGCUUUACUUCUUGAACCCUUGAAAGUGUGCAUGCAAGCUUUGAUCAGCACAGCGCUGUGGAGGCCUGUGGACCCAGAGGUCGAGAAUCAGCUGUCCUGGAAGUCCACUGUGGUAAGGAUGUUUAAAGAGCAUGGUGGAAAGGUGAGACCACCAUGUGGUUAUGGGCUUCUUCAGGCUAAAGAGGAGGCACGCAAAGUCAAAGCUCUGCAGUCACUUAUGAGGCACUGUGUCUGCCAGCUGAUAUUUCUUAUGCUGGUGUUGAUGGUGAACUACCAGGACAAUGUGGAGAAAAAGCAGGGCAGGCUGCUGCACUCUGCUGUCAGACGUCAACUGCGUACAGCACCCAUGGGAGUCCCUAACCUCACCUCUCUCAGAGACUGGUCAGAUGCAGACCAGUGGAUCCACCAUGUCCUGAUACCACACCUACACCAAAGCCCUUCACUGCGUCUGGUUGGAGUUCCACAGCUGCAGCUGAAACAUCCCCUCAGUGCUCUGCAGACUUACUACCUUGGAAAUGACAACGCUACAACCACACAGCUGGCAGCAGAGCUUCACAUGGAGACAUGGAGCAAAAAACAGUUAAAAAGUCUUUCGAUUGACUACACACACUCCCAUAGAGAGUCUGCUCUAUUAGUGUGUGUGUCCAUACAACUGGAGUGGGUUCAUGCACACAGACUCAGCCCCCUCCUCUUCAUCCAUACAUUCCUUCUCCCCUCAUCAAACCCUGCUGUGGACCUGCAGACCGUUCUUAUGGUUCUCCUUCUCAUCUCGGGCCUACUCAUCUUGUUUGGAGAACUGUGGACCAUCGCUACUGAGCGCGCUCAGUGUAAGCCUCAAAGUCUGUUCCAGCUUCUCCUGGCCUUGUUGUCCUUGGCAACAGCUAUCCUACAUUUUUGCUUUCUGUUAGUGGCCACCUCCUGUGUUUCAGAGAUUAGGUCCCAGACGUACAACUUCAUCAACUUUCAAAGCACUGCUUUUUUGGUGCGUGGGUCUUCUCAGUGUGCGGCCGUCCUGCUUACUCUACUUGUUCUGAAGCUGCUCAGAACCUUGAAGUUUGUGCAGAGAUGGUUGGUGUUUGGUAACGUGGUCCAGAGAGCCUGGAGGGAGCUGCUGACUCUGGCUGUGCUGCUUGUAUUGUCUCUACUACUCUGUAUUCAUCUCGGAAACACCCUCUUCUCUGUAUCGGUGGAAGGGUUUUUGACAGCUCAUCAGACUGGAGUCUUGGUACUGUCGAUCCUGCGAGGCAGGAUGACUCUCCAAAGACUAUGCAGGGUGCACCCUGUCCUGGGCCCUCUCUAUGGGCUGAUUGUUGUGAUUGGAGGUGUUUGGCUCCUAGCCAGACUCUGUGGAGCUGUUCUCAUCCAUGCAUACAGGGUGGCGCAGGCUGAGUUGUACAGACCGAGGACUGAACUUCAGGACUAUGAGAUGGUGAUGUUCUUCAUCAAGAGGCUCAAGUUACGGCUGGGACUUACUAAAACUAAAGAAUUCAGACACAGGGUCAAGUUUGAAGGAAUGGACAUGCCACCCUCCAGGUCCUCGUGUAUCUCCACCCUGUCUCCCUCACUCUCCUGCCCGCGCUCUCCUUCGCUGUGCUCAUCCUUUUCUUCCCAGCAUCCCUUCUCCUCAGCUCUCUCACUGAGGUCCGAUGACUCUGCAGAGUCUGGGAUCGACAUCCAGCCCUACCUGGACCGCUUGCUCCCCUGUCUCAAUUCACUGAUAUUUCAUUUUGAUCAGGUUAAUCAGAUUACCGAGGACAUUCAUGAUCUGGAAAUACAACUGGAAGAAGCUCAAAGCAGAAGAAGGAAGAGGCUGAUCAGUUGCACAGCCUCGGGAUCAGUGAACUCCACAGAGUCGUCAAAGUUAAAUGAAGUGGAAGAAGAAGGCAGGGAAACAGAGGAAGUUAGGCACAGAAAGACGGGGUUUAUCCACUCAAAGUCGAGAGUCUCCCUACCAUCACUGCAUUCUUUUGCUCCGUCCAAAAGUCGGAACCUAUCAGCAUCUACGUGCAUGUUUCCCCGUACAUUUAGUGAGUCUGAAUCUGAUUCAGCACCGUAUCAGCCUCAGGCGUCAAACAGCCACCAUGCUCUGGAAGCAGCCAGGGAUGCUCCUGGGAGCUGUAGUUUGCAUACUGCAGUCUUUCCUGGAUUUGGUAGGUUCCAGAGGAGAAGAGCUUGGCAUUCUGGGAGCUCUCAUUCAGCCGAUGCAGUACAGAGAAUUUUUAUGACUCAAGGUGGUUUGGCGACAAGCGGCAAUGGAAGAGAAAAUGUGCCCCUGACAAACAGCAGACCCAGGAGUGAGCAGGGAGUGAGAAGGCACGUCAGCAACGGAGUCCCUGUGAAGAGGAAGGCUUGGAUCUCUGAGCCAUCAGAGACUGAGCAGGACUAGCUGCUCUAAAACAUGUAAAAAGGACGUAUCCUCA